GAUUGACGGUGAGUUACAGCGAAUCCGGUGUCUGUCCGUGUUUUCCACGAGCCAAUGAGCGUCUGGAAUUAAUUGUUUCCGGAAGUUGUGAAGCUGUUAUCCACGCUGCAAGCUUAGCCUACACAUUCAGCGAAAAAUGUUACAUUGACCGUCACUAAAAUGUCCAGAACACCUUUCAAGAGACGCUCUUUGUUGGCUUGGAUCCAUUUCAUAUAGAGAACAGUUACAAAAUGAGUGUUAACUGACAUUUUUAUUCACGCGGGUCAUUUCCUCGUCACCGACAACGUCUUUCUAAACGUCCAUCCGAUUUACCUUCAUUGUUUUCAGCCAUUUCUUACCUCGCAUAUUUAACCGGCUAAACCGAGGUCAGACGUCGAUUAACGGCUGUUUCGUUGCCCAGAAAAGUAGCAGAAGGACGGGGGCUCAGAGGCUGACAUGAACCCACCGAAGCGGCUCCGCACCACAGAACAUGAAGCGGAAACGGCGACAGGCGGGCAGGAGGAGGAGAGGAGUGCAGUGGAUGUGAGUAUUGUCAUGCCAAUGUACAAUGCAUCCUGUUGGCUGGAUGAAUGUCUGCAGGCCAUAUUACACCAAGACUUCGCUGGAACCACGGAGCUCUCUGUCUUUGACGACGCAAGCACUGAUGACUCCAGGAAAGUGGUGGAAAGUUGGAGGAAGAGGCUGGAGGCGAGGGGCAUCUCAUUAGUGAUCUCCGGCCACAACUCUGCGCAACCCAGAGGAGUGGGAUAUGCAAAGAAUAAGGCAGCUUCUCAGAGUUGUGGGCAAUACUUGUGCUUUCAGGAUGCGGAUGACGUUAUGUUGCCCCAAAGAGUUCGUCUGCAGUAUGAGUCGUCUGUCCUCCACCCAAACUCUCUGAUUGGCUGUAAGGUUCAAAGGGUUCCAGAGGGAUCUACUGAGCGUUACACUCGCUGGAUCAACACAAUCAGUCCGGAUCAGCUCAUGACACAGGUGUACACGUCUCAUGGGCCCACUGUCAUCAUGCCGACAUGGUUCUGCUCAAGGAACUGGUUCCUGAAGGUUGGUCCGUUUGACGAGGGAGGUAAGGGAGUCCCAGAGGACUUGCUCUUCUUCUACCAGAGUAUUCGUCAAGGAGGGGGCGUGGCCAGAGUCGACCAGUGCCUGCUGGUGUACCGUUACCACGAGAAGGCCACCACACACUCUGUUACCGAGGAAACCAUUUGGAAGCUUCGAGUGGACUUCCUGCAAGAGAGAGUUCUCAGCCAAUGGGAGAGCUUCACCAUAUGGAACGCUGGGAAACAGGGCCGGAAGCUGUACCGAUGCCUCAGUCCGACCAAUCAGAAGAAGGUGAAGGCUUUCUGUGAUGUCGAUGAGAACAAGAUCCAGAAAGGCUUUUACACAUAUGAGGAAUCCAAGCAAAGACCUAAGCCAAAAAUCCCGAUUCUGCACUACAAAGACGCCUCCGCCCCCUUCAUUAUCUGUGUUAAACUGGACAUGACAGAAGGCGUUCUGGAGGAAAACCUCAACUCUUUGCAACUAAAGGAAGGAAUAGAUUACUACCAUUUCAACUGACUCCUCAGAGUGAUGUAGAGAAGACAAGAGGAGCCCUGCAGCUUUAACAGGCUAAGAGGAAUGCAGAGGACUGGAUUACUCACACACAUACACACAAACUGAGGGAUAGGCAGGUGAUAACAGGAAAAGAGUGAACUGAACACUUGGCAAGAGUCAAUGACAAUACCAGGACAAGGGAAAGAGAAGGCUUUAAUGUGUUUGAAGUGUUAAAAGAUGCUUUUUAUGUGCGGGAAAGAAUGUGAAAAUGUUCAAGUUCUCAAAGUUUUACUUUGCAAAGUUGACGGAACAGCUGAUAAAGGCACAACAGCCCUGAUUUCUCUGCCUCACAGCACUGGGAUAGUUACUGUUGCUAGAUGAGAAGACCGAUACCGCUCUCAUAUCUGUACAGUAAAUACGAAGCUACAGCCAGGAGAAACUUAGCUUAGCUUAGCACAAAGAAACAGAGGGUUAUGUGCCGGACUAUCUUUUGGUCGGGUGCAGUUAGUCCAGGUUUUUGUUCAUUUUCACACGUCGGUUUUUGUACGGAUUAAACAAACUACAGUAGAUACAACAUGUUAGUUUGUAGAUGCUGGUCGGCGGAUUUUGUUACCUUUAGAUGGAGCCAGGCUAGUCGUUUCCCCCUGUUUCCAGUCUUUGUGCUAAGCUAACUAUCUUCUGGCUGUAGCUUCAUAUUUAACUGAUAGAUAUGAGAGUGGUGUUGAUAUUCGCAUUUAAUUAUAGGCAAGAAAGGGAAUAUGUGUAAUUCCCCUAAUGUCCAACUACUCCUUUUUAGAAGCUUGAACAUGGGUGUUUAUGGUAAUAGAAGUUAUCAUAACCUGACCUAGAGUUUAAAGAUAUGGCAAGAAAGAAAAGGUGGAGGGAUGAUUUGGUAAUUUAAUUCUAAAGAAAUUCAAUUAUUUUACUCUUUGGAGGACAUCUAUUUAUCAUACAAAAGGACAUGACAAUUGCCAAUGUUGACCAUUGGAGGAAUAAAAUGUGUGUUUUCUAA